GCUGUCUUAGCUUCCAUGAAUUCGAUCUUGCUUGGCUAUGAUAUUGGAGUGAUGAGUGGAGCUGGGAUAUACAUAAAGAAGGAUCUUAAAUUGUCCAAUAUUCAGCUGGAAAUUCUUAUGGGGAUACUCAACGUUUAUUCCCUAUUAGGAUCUGCUGCAGCCGGAAGGACUUCGGACUGGAUUGGUAGGCGAUAUACUAUUGUAACUGCUGCGGUUAUUUUCUUCCUUGGUGCGUUGUUCAUGGGGUUCGCUCCUAAUUACGCUAUUCUGAUGGUGGGACGAUUCGUCGCUGGAAUCGGCGUUGGUUACGCUUUGGUGAUUGCUCCUGUCUAUACUGCUGAAAUCUCGCCCGCAUCCAGUCGGGGAUUUCUCACCUCAUUGCCUGAAGUUUUUAUUAACAUUGGUACAUUGCUAGGAUACAUAUCUAAUUUUGCCUUCUCGAAAAUGAGUUUAAAUGUCGGAUGGCGGUUGAUGCUCGGGCUCGGAGCCAUUCCGGCGGUAUUAAUUGGUCUCGGAGUGUUAGUAAUGCCGGAGUCGCCCCGUUGGCUCGUGAUGCAAGGUCGGAUUGCCGAAGCUCGACGAACCCUCCACCUUGUCUCUGACUCUCCGGACGAGGCAAACCUCCGCCUAGACGAAAUUAAAAAAGCCGUUGGAAUUUCUUUAGAUUGUAACGACGACCACAUAACCGUCGCAAAAAAUAGUAACGGCAAAGGAGUUUGGAGGGAACUCUUCCUACACCCAACACCUGCGGUCCAACAUAUGUUGUUGGUGACUUUUGGGAUUAAUUUCUUUCAACAAGCAUGUGGGCUAGCCGCUGUGGUUUUAUAUAGUCCGAAAGUAUUUGAAAAAGCCGGAAUUACCAGCGACAAUCAUAAGUUAUUAGCGACGAUUUUUGUCGGAAUUGUGAAGACGUCACUUGUUUUCAUUGGAGCGAUUAUGUUGGACCGGUUUGGGAGAAGGACGGUGUUUUUGUACAGUAUGGCGGGAAUGAUAGUAUCACACGCGAGCUUAGGGACAUGGUUAACUGUUAUAAAUCAAUCGAAGACGAAGCAAACAUGGGCGAUUGUUAUGGCAAUAAUAUCGGUUUUGAGUUUCGUGGCGACGUUUUCGAUGGGAAUGGGGCCGGCUGCUUGGGUUUAUUGCUCGGAGAUAUUUCCGGUAGCGUUACGUGCUCAGGGAGUUAGUGUGGGGAUUGGUGUGAAUCGUGUUACGGGUGGAUUAGUUUCCAUGACUUUUCUUUCUUUACAACAAGCCAUUACUAUUGGCGGGGCGUUUUACUUGUUUAUGGGAGUGGGAAUCGUAGGGUGGAUAUUCUUCUAUACUUUGUUACCUGAAACACGAGAUAAUUCACUUGAAGAGAUUGAACGUUUGUUUGGGAGAUUCUUCAAUUGGAGGUUAACGGUGACGGAAUUAGCUAAGAAUGAAGUUGAGAUAGGAGAAUCUACUAAGACGGAAUUAACGGAGGAGCCAAAUGCUAGCUCUUAG